GCGACGUACUUUUGUGUGCUCUACGUCAUCAUCUCGUGUGUAUUUAUGACUUUUUUGUUUCCUUCAAAUUACAGACAUUCUGCUUCGACCGAGAGACUCUGCUUGUACUCUCAGUGAUUUCAUGCUUAAGUAAUAAAUUUGGGAUGCCUUCAAUGAAGUACAAGUUUACAGACACACGCAAAAUAGAGGGUGUGUCUUCGCCUCUCUCAGCGCAAGACCUGGUUUAUUUUUAGAAUUCGGCCAGUCGUUCGCCAGCGCCGCGCCGUCACGCGUAGUGACGUCAUGGAUAUGUGUGUACACGGUGCACAGAUCAGAGCCAAAGUGUUUAGUUUGUACAGGCAUUUUUGGAAUCUGGCAUUUGACAUAGUGAUUAUUGAAACAUUAAACUAAUUGUCUGCAAAAGUGUACUAAAAUUCGAUCGUUAGAAUGUUUGAAAUUGGCGAAAAUUAUAUAUAGGUCAAAAGGUUAAAGGUCACGUGGACCCUUGUCUUUCAAUUUGUAGUCCCCGUCGUUCACAGGAACAUUACAUGACGGUUCUUCUGAUUUCAAUCUCUAUGCCUACACAUUGAAUGUGCAUGGUAUUGGAUGGUGUUGCUGAAUGAUCUUUGGCAAUGAGGAAGAAACGACCAAAAGGUGUUCCACCAAAUUCAAAGAAACUUUUCUCCAUGUUACAUUAGCUGUGAUCUCCCAGUGAUAAUAUGGAUGCGGAUGGAUCUGGAUUCCCGUUCCCGCAAGGGGCUCAAGAAUCAAGCGAGCCAUCGUGGGGUGACCUCUUCAUCGACGGCAUCCACGCAGAUGACACGGCGGGCGCCGGGGAUGCUGGGAAUGGUUCCUCAGGAGCCGCGUCGUCCCAGCAGAUGAUCCCUCCCUCACAGGCCAGCGUUGUCGGCGGACAGCUGCAGAUACAACUUCAACCACAGACCAGCGUCAAUCGAGUUUUAUCGGAUGCGUCAAUAAACAUUCCGACCCACCUGCAAGGCUCCCUGCCCAACGCGGCCAUGCAACAGGCCAGUACCAGCAUCGGGGGUACCAGCACCGUGGCCUACCUCACACAGUCCGCGUCUUCCCAGCAGCUCAUGAGCACGGCCGGCCGCAUACACAACGUGGUCUCGGCAACUCCACAGCAACAGCAGCAAUCUCAGCCGCAGCAGGUGCCUUCCUCGGCUGCUCAGCCUCAGCAGCAGCAUGGGAAUGCCAAGCUGGUACAGAUUGCUCCCACCUUUCCUAUGGCCACACAACUGUCCAAUGGUGUGCCGGUGCAGACGUUGCUACAGUCCAACCAGACGCUGGGUGCUCAGACCAUCUACAGCAACCCCACGCAGGGCCUGUUUCCCACCCAAGGCUCGGUGCACAUCGAGAACCCCAAGGUCGUGAACGUGAACUUUGGGCCGCACGUCAUACAGCAGGACGGCACUGGUCACCCGGCCAUACUGCAGACUGCGGAGGGCAAGCGAUUGCUUAUCACCAACUCACAACUGCAACAAAUGUCCCAGUCUAUCAGCCUGACUCAGCCCCUGGUCGGGACACAGUUGAUCAACCCGGCCUCGGGUGCCGUGGGCAACGUGAUCCGUGCCAGCCUGCCCCAGGCCACCCACACCAUCGUGCCCUCCUCCUCCAGCGCGCCACGCCAGAUUUUGCUGCCACAGGGACAGACGGUCAUCCCGCGACAGCCAACCACGCCACAGGGGGGCCUGCAGAAGAACGUGGUGCUGCGUCCGCUGCAGUCCAACAUAUCGCCUGUCAUUUAUCAGAACGGUCAGGGCAACGUAGCGGGCCAGUUGCUGCAGUCCCAGCCCACCCUCAUCACCUCGUCCGGCACGGGCCUCCAAGUGGUCAACGCUGCCGGUAACCAAGGCAACCAGGUGCAGCUCAUUGCGCAGCCACCCAUAAACCAGAGUGCUGUCGGGCCGCAGCAGGUGAACCCAAACACCAUCAUGAACUUGAUUGGCAACCAGGGUGUGAUCCCCAACUCCAAUAACCAGAUAGCUGGCUUGGUCCCCGGCCAAAGUAUCCUGGUCAACGGACAGAUGCUUAACCUGGGCCCGCUGGGCGGCCUGUCCCAACUCCAGGUGCAGCCCAACACUCAGGGCAUAGUCACGCUGGCCAGUGUCAACCCGUCCGUCAGCCGAGCCGCCCAGUUCCAAUCCAACAACCAGCAGCUGCUCAUCCAGCACAGUGGUGGUCAGCAGCAGCAGCAGCAGCAACAACAACAGCAGCAGCAGCAGCAGGUUGUGUUUCAGCAGAAGAUCGCGACAGCUUCUCCGUCCCAGGCAGGCAGCGUGACCAACCUGAGCACUCAGCCACAGCGGCUGGUCCAGCAGCACAAGUCUGUGGCCCGCACGCCCACGCCUACCGCCAACUCUGCCUCCUCCACCCCAACCCCUCCGUCCAGCACCCCGACACCCACCAACGAUCUCAUGGCCGACUUGUGUGGCUCGGGGGGCAAGAACCAAAGCAACAUUCUGGAGCAGGCGCUGUCCUUGUCUGACAUUGACCUCAGGUCGUUCGAGGACGAUUUCGGGUUCUUUGACAACCCCGGCGAGUGUCUAGCGGCCGUGACCACGCCGCCCCCCUCUGUGACCCCCGUGCCCCCCGCCAAACCAAAGCCACCGCCAGCAAAGAGCAAGUCGAAGAGCUCCAAGUCCAAGCUGAAGCAGCAGCAGCAGCAACAGCCUGUGGUGGCCAUGCAAGCCAAUAACAACACAAGUCUCCAACAACCGCCGGCAGCUCAACUAACCAACGCUAAAGGUCAGAAGGUCACUCUCAGCCCCCAGCAGAGGUUGAUCACGGCCAACGGACAGGUGUAUGUCGUCUCGCCCAACGGUCAGCGCCUGAUCCUGCAGCAGUCUGCCGGUGGGGGUACGGGGGGCCUCACGUCUCCGCAGGUCAAACCAGUGGUGACCUCUCAGGCAGCAGCAGGGGUGGGGGCCACGCUGGACAUCUCGGCUAAGCCAGCCGCCGCCCUCCCCGCCUCCAGCACCACGGUACACAUCAAAGGUCAUCCGCAGCAAGCGCUCAGUCUGGGUAGUCUGACGACCUCGGGGGGCACCCAGCUCAAACUGACCCCCAACACUUUGUCCCAGAAGAACUUGCUCAUCACCAGCAACGCACACACCGGGGGCCACCACAUUCUCAUCAAAAACUCUCCGCGGGUCACUGUGGCUGCUGCCUCGGCGGCCGUGGGCGGUCAAGCCUUGGCCAAAGUGGAGGCGGGUCACACUGUGACCAGCAGCCAGCUUGUCUUCACCACAGCCUCGACCAUGAGUGGGUCUGCCAUCACCUUCGCGCAGGUCGGACAGUUACAGUCGUCCAGUACGGCCGGCGGUCAAAGUCCACGCCUGCCGUUGAAGAACCAAAAGAUCAGCACUCUGGGCGGGACGUUCAUCAAACAAGAACCGAACCUGGCGGUCGUGAAGCAAGAACCCCCGUCCAACGUUCAGACAGAAUCGCUGGCCGCUCUGUCCCCCUCGCUGGCUGCGAUAGACACGAGCUCUUCGCCCUUACCAUCCCGCCCCCUGGCCGUCACUACCUCGGUGGUGGUCACGGCAACGAUGCCUCUAGUCACCUCGUCGGCAUCCUUCUCCUCCGUGGCUACGGUCACCUCUCAGGCCCACCUACCGACCAUCAUGGCCACCACAGACUCACUGCCAUCUGUGGGCCCCCAGCCCGCGCCUCAGAGCGCAGACACUGUGGCUGGUGCUGUGGUGCCCGGUGUAGCGAUGGAUACUUUGUCUCUCUCGGAUUCUCUUCCUCUUCCUGCUCCCAGCGGUGUCAGUGUGAGCUCGUCCCCUGGAGUAGCAGUGGUAUCUUCCUCAACCUCCGCUGCUACCUCAUCCCGCUCGGGCUCGGCUCCCGCUGCUCAGCUGGCCGCCACGUUGCCACAAGCAGGGAAACUGGCUGCGUCGUCACUGGCGGGGAAUAUGGCCGCCGCAUCUUCAUCACAAGCUGCUGGGAAUAUGGCUGGCGGUUCAUCGUCACAAGCUGCUGGGAAUAUGGCCAGCGGUUCAUCAUCACAAGCUGCUGGGAAGGUGGCGGCGUCUGCUCAAGGGGCGAGUGCUUCCAUAGUGGUGCUGUCCCAACAAGCCGCGUCCACUCAGCAGCUGGUGUUUCAGCAGAUGGGCCGAUGCUUUGCGCAGAGAAAGGCGUGGACAGCUUCCACAACCUGGCCUGCUUCAACCAACAGAUGAGGGAGGACCUCGAGCUCGCCAAGGAGCGGGCCAAGACUUGUCCGGAUUCGUGCGAGCAACUGCGUCAAGAGUACAUGGCAGCAGCAGCAGUAGGGACAGCAACAGCAGCAGCUGCAACAACAACAACAACAGCUCCUUCAUCUCCCGGGAGCCCUGGCACGCCCAGCCCCACCCCCCAGAAGUCUGGCCGCCUGCUCGUGGAGGAGAGCGACAGCGAGGUGUGCCUAGACCGCCGGCGGCCCAUGGCCUCCCAUUGGCUGGAACAUGCGGAGCUCCGCCCACCUGGACCACAGGCAGCGGCAGCCAAGUCCGUCCCCGAUGGCUCCACGGCCAGUAGGAAGAGAAAGCAUCCUGGAGACCAGAUUACUACGGGCACGCUCAAGAUGGUGUUCAAGCGAAACACCACGGACAAUUUUGUGGUGAAGAAUUCCCUGGAAGGUUCAGGCUCUGUGCCCAAAGACUUGAAGCCUGUGGUGAACCUAGAGAAGAGUGACAGUGAGUACGAGUUUGAUUCUAGGCACGAGGGACUCAACAAUCAGCCGGUCCUAGUGCGGCGAAGGACUUCCUCCAUCUCUCUGACCUCCCGGCAAACCUCCCUGGAGGCCCGCAGUGAGUCCAGUUCACAGUCAUCAUUUCAUAAAGGCAGCAGGCGCUCCUCGGAAGGGGAGGAGGAAGAUGAGGAGGAUAUGGACGACGAUGAAGAGGAGGAGGAGGAAGAAGAAGAGGGGGAGGAGGAGGAUGUUGAAGAAGACGAUGAUGAAAGUGAGAGUGAAAGCAGGUCAUCUAUAAGUGGGAAAUUGUCCAAAGAGGAGGUUCACCAGUCGUCGUAUGAGGACGUGGAAGCAGAGGCGGAGAACGAUGCCUUUGAGACAGACGGCCAGACAUGUGGCCAUUCUGUUGUAGACACACAAGACCAGCGGCCAGCCUUGAAACUGGCCAGCCUGAAAACUACGGCUCAGCUGUACUCCAACAUCACUAGCAUCAGCGAAAUGUCCCAGGACUCGGGGUCAAAGGUCAAAAGGAGGCUCUCUCGGGUCACCAGGGAUUUCUCGGAGAUUUCCGACGAUGUGUUCACACCCGACCUGCUGUAUCCCGGCGCCGCGCUCAACGACGAGGGUGCUGACCCCGGCCCUGGCGAGCCUGGCGACAACAUGGAUCACAGCCAGGUGAGAAAGCAAAGUACUUGUACUAGUCAUUCCACGGGGGGCGGAGACCACAAGCAACUGGCUGCCUCAGCGUGUGCCUCUCCGGCGGCGUCUGCGAACGACGAGGAGUUUGUGGCGGAGAGCCCGGUGAGCAACAUGGAGAAAGAGGCGGCUCAGCGGGGUCUGCCCAACACCUCGCUCUUCUCCUCCACCAACAACCGCACGUUGCUGGAGACGGAGGACAUGUACUCCUCGUCUGACGACGAACACCACAACAGCCGACCCUCGGGCUUCGCCUCCUUCGAGAUCGACAACCGAGACCCCCAGAACAGCAUGAUCAACGACUCGGUGCGCUCCGCCAUCAACAGUGUCCUCAACAGUGAUGACGACGACGACGACAACUCUCACAUGAGCUGGUCCUCCACCGCCCGCCCGUCCAGCCAUCAUCGCAGCGCGGCCGGCAGCCGACGUAGUGGUAGCGGCAACAAGGACACGGACCUUGACGCUGCCGUGCAGAGUAUAUUGAACAGCUGAUACAGGGGGAGCACGCUUUUCU